AUGGUGGCUGUUGCCUUUGGUGUUCCGGAGAGAGACCGAGAGAAUCUGAGCGAAUAUGGGCCUCGGUCAGAAAUACUGGACCUGGGACCCGGUGGGAGAUUUCAAAGGGCUUACCGUAUUUCGAACGGCGUGCCGAGUAUGCGCAGAAACAAUAACGGCGAUAGCUGUGGCAAUGGCGAUAGCUGUAGCAGUGGCGAUAGCUGUUGCAGCAGCUUAAGAUUUGAGCCAGCCGUCCCUGGCACUGCCCCAGAUCCAGGGAAUAAGCUAGGGGGUGAGGCAAGCAAGACAGGCCUACAACUAUCCCAGCAAGUUGCAGACCCAGUGGUCCCCAGGGAAGCAGCAGCCCGUGCUUUGUUUCUUUGUUCUUUCUGCCUUCUCCGAGCUGUUUGGCUGGGCCUAAAUGCUUUCCUGUUUGGGUACGCUUCUGAGAAAUCAGAUAAGUACUACAACACCAGGGAAAUCAUUGGGUCUUCACUAGCAUAGGCCCAGGCCUCGCUUGCUCUGAACUUUAACAGUUUGUUGGGCCUGUUCCCCAUGUACCUGAAUGUACUCUCAUUCCUAAGGGGCAACUGCUCGUGCUGCAGGUGCAUGUUGAAGAAGCAAUUGGAUCAUAAUCUCACCUUCCACAAGCUGGAAUCCUAUAUAAUUUGCCUGCACACAGUCAUUCACGUUGUUGCCCACCUGUUCAAUUUUGAAUGGUUCAACAUGAGCUACAAGACUGAUAAGGACUCUCUGACUUUCACCCUCUCUACUCUAUGCCUCCAUGAGAAGGGAAGCCUGUGGUUAAGCCCUUUUCUCUUCCCAAACAUGUCCUGGAAGUGGGCUCUAGCCCCAGUCAUCCGCUAUGUCUUUGAACAGCACCUCUGAUUAUGGCUGAAGGUGCUGAUCUCCAAGGUGGUUCAGCACCCUUCUAAAGUACUGGAGCUUCAGAUGAACAAGUGAGGUUUCAAUAUGGAAGUGGGACAGUAUAGCUUUGUCAGUUACUCCUCAGUGUCUCCCUUGGAGGGAAACUCUUUCACCUUCACCUCAACACCCAAAGAACAUUUUUUUUCUAUCUACAUUCAGGCAGCUGGGGACUGGACAGAACUCAUAAGAGCAUUUGAACAACAGAAAUCCCCUGUACCCACAUGUGAUCUAGAAAUAGAUGGUCCAUUUGAUAUAGUUAAUGAGGAUGUUUUUCAGUAUGAAGUGUCUAUGUUGGUGGAAGCAGGAAUUGGGGUCACCCUCUUUGCCUCCAUCCUGAAAUCCAUUUGGUACAAGUUUUGACAUGCAGACCACAACAAAAAGACUGAAAAUGCUGGUCAUGCAGCACUGCAUGUUGACAAAUUUACUGAUGUUGCGACUGGUUUGAAGCAGGAAACUUCUUUCAGGAGAUCUGUGUGGGACAAUGAAGUUUUGGCUGUGGCUGCUGUCCAUCCCAGAUCAGUGGGUGGGGUUUUCCUGUAAGGUCCCCAGACCCUGGAAAAAUGUUGUAACCACUGCUCCAGCUUGGAUGUUAGGAAGAUCCAGUUCUGUCUCAAUAUGGAGGAGGCAAGACAAGAGCAGCUGGUCAUGAGCUCCUGGUUUCUUUCAGCUCUCCUUCUGUGCCCCCAGAUAGAGAGAUCAUACUUGGGCAAAUGUUAGCUCUCUUUAAUCAGGAUUCUAAUAUCUAGUCUUUACCUUCGACCCACAUCACUUCAAUAUUGAGACAGAAGGAUGGCCUCCAAAAUGUG